AUGGCAACCUUGGCAGUGGGAAUGGCAACCGGCGGAGGACCGUCAGAUGCCGGCCGCAAGAAACCGUUCAAGAAGGAUCCCGACGACAAUUCGUCGCCCGGUCGGAAGUUGAGUACCAAGGCAUGUGACAACUGCCGCAAGCGCCGUGUGCGCUGUGAUGAGCAGUUGCCCUGCGGACCAUGCCAGGAGCGCCGCGAGGAUUGCAGCUACGACGACCCGGAGAAGAAACGAGGCCCCAAGGCUGGCUGGACCAAUUCUCGCAGUGCAAUCCAGACGCUCGCCGACCUCAUCCCGGGCCUUGGAGAUGCUCUCGUGGCUCUCUUCCACACGAUGGAAGUUGACGAUACUGGCAUGACAAUCAUGCAGUAUGCGAGCAAUCUGGAGAACCGCCUGGCGGUUGGCGGUCGGCUCGAGGGAACCCUGUUUGGCAUGUUCGGCUACGAAGAUUUCGGUUCCGACGAGCCGGGAGUUCUGGCGCGCAUCAACGAUCCUCGCAUCCUUCGUUAUCGGGAUGCUCUACGCCACUUCCUUGAGAUCUUGCGAGCUGACUCGGUUACCGCUGGGAAUGCGGGUGCAACUCUUCCGACGCCUCUGACGGUCCGUCCUUUUGCCCUGUCAAGCCAUGAUCCUGAAUCUCGUCAGGGUCCCGAGACGCGCCAGACAACUCGCACCCGCAGAGCCUCUCGAGCUCGACAAGGCACAGAUGGCUCAGAAGUCACACCAGCUCGUCCCAUUGCCCCAGCUCCGUCGAGCACGCAGGCCCCUGUUGCAAUGGAGGCACACUCUGUGGUACAGAACUCGCUCAGUGCGCACGCAACGCAAGGUUUUGGAUCCCACGUCAAUACUCAGCUCAUGCAGACUCCUCAGGGUCAUCAAGCUCCUCAGAGUCACCUGGCUCCUCAAGCUCUGCAGACCCCGCAAGCUGCUCACGUCUCCUUUGGCUCUGAGUUCUCUCAAGCUAUCCCGGAUGCCCAGUUCUUCCAGGCUUCUCAGCUCAACCCUCAGGCUAUGGGCUGGAGCCCGACCAUGCCAACCCUCGACUUUGGGCACUUUACCGCUGAUCCGCGUCUCAUGCAGCAGCCGCACGACCUAAUGCAGCAGGACUAUCCUUACAUGCAGAACAACCUCAUGUACCAGGGGCUACAGCAGCAGACCAUGAUACAACAGACAAUGAAUCUCCAGGACUUCUACCAGCAUCACGGACUGCCCGCGAUCCCAAGCCGCAGUCAAACUCCCACGGAGAUGAGCGCCCCCUCUGAAUCUGGAUCCGAAGCUGGUCCGGGUCGGUUCGAGAUAGACACUACGGGCGUUGACAUGACUUACACUCUUAGUGACGAAGUUAUCAUGGGACAAGACUUUCCCAACCAGUCGCAACAGGGCACCCAGGACGGUCAAGGUUCCCAGUUCUCGCAGGCAUACAGAGCAUUCCGAUGGUGA